UUCUCGCUUCCCAAACACACACACGAUGACGAUAAAUUAAAUUGUGGUUCAAUAAUAUUACGUUGAUGAGAAGAUUAUCUAAAAUGGAAGCGAAAUAUCUGUCCCGUCUUGUAUCACGUGGUGGAGUGGACUGCGUGAAGAGUAACGUGAGCGACAGAGAAUCUUAUUGGUGGUCGCCUCGCCUGGGCUUCUUAUGGGGUCGUAGAUCUGUCAUCGAUGUUUUCGUCGUUUUUUGAUUUUUCUGUUAAAGAUUAGAAUAUUCAUUUCCAAUCCAUUUCCCACAGGCCACAGACAAUAUUACUACUACUAUAUUACUUCUAGACUCAGUCACUCUCUUAAGCUUUCCGAUCUUGUGUACUCUCUUCUUGGAUUGUCUCAGCAGAAAAAGUGUCACAAUGUCGGAUCUUGAGGCUCCUCUGCGUCCAAAAAGAAAAAAGGUGUGGGUUGACUAUUUCGUCAAGUUCCGAUGGAUUCUUGUCAUUUUUGUUGUACUUCCCAUCUCCUUCACCAUUUACUUUCUCAUUUACCUUGGGGAUGUCAAGUCUGAGAUGAAGUCUUACAAGCGACGACAGAAAGAACACGAUGAAAAUGUUAAAAAAGUUGUGAAACGCCUUAAAGAGAGAAAUCCAUCAAAGGAUGGUCUUGUCUGCACCGCACGUAAACCUUGGAUUGCUGUUGGAAUGAGAAAUGUUGACUAUAAGCGUGCUCGGCAUUUCGAAGUUGAUUUAUCUGGUUUUCGUAAUAUCCUUGAUAUUGACGAAAAGAAUAUGAUUGCAAGAGUUGAGCCACUAGUCAACAUGGGGCAGAUAAGCAGAGCCACUGUCCCAAUGAAUCUUGCCCUUGCAGUUGUUGCGGAGCUUGAUGAUCUCACUGUUGGCGGCCUUAUAAAUGGGUAUGGGAUUGAGGGAAGCUCCCACAUCUAUGGUUUAUUCUCGGAUACUGUUGUUGCUUAUGAGAUUGUUCUGGCAGAUGGCCGGGUUGUCAGAGCUACAAAGGAUAACGAGUUUUCUGAUCUUUUCUAUGCUAUUCCAUGGUCUCAAGGAACACUUGGGCUGCUUGUAUCUGCUGAGAUCAAGCUUAUACCCAUUAAAGAAUACAUGAAAGUGACAUACACGCCCGUUGUGGGUAGUUUGAAAGACAUGGCUCAGGCCUAUAUGGACUCAUUUGCUCCUAGGGAUGGAGACCAGGAUAACCCUGAGAAGGUUCCAGACUUCGUGGAAGGAAUGAUUUACACUUGUAGUGAAGGUGUGAUGAUGACGGGGAGAUAUGCCUCAAAAGAAGAGGCCAAGAAGAAGGGGAAUGUGAUCAACUGUGUUGGCUGGUGGUUCAAACCCUGGUUCUAUCAGCAUGCAGCCACAGCACUUAAAAAAGGGGAGUUUGUAGAGUACAUUCCGACCAGGGAGUAUUACCAUAGGCACACAAGGAGCUUGUACUGGGAGGGGAAGCUAAUUCUUCCAUUUGGUGAUCAAUGGUGGUUUAGGUUUCUUCUGGGUUGGCUGAUGCCUCCAAAGGUUUCUCUUCUGAAGGCAACCCAAGGUGAAGCCAUUAGAAACUAUUACCAUGAGAUGCAUGUCAUUCAGGACAUGCUUGUUCCUCUUUACAAGGUUGGGGACGCCUUGGAGUGGGUCCAUCGGGAGAUGGAGGUAUAUCCCAUUUGGAUCUGCCCUCACCGGUUGUUCAAGCUCCCUGUAAAAGCUAUGAUUUAUCCUGAGCCAGAUUUUGAGCAUCAUCGAAGACAGGGGGACACACCUUAUGCUCAGAUGUAUACUGAUGUAGGGGUCUACUAUGCUCCAGGUCCUGUCUUAAGGGGUGAGGUGUACGAUGGUGCAGAGGCAGUCCGUAAACUGGAGAACUGGUUAAUUGAAAAUCAUGGCUUCCAGCCACAGUAUGCAGUCUCUGAGCUUAGCGAGAAAGCCUUUUGGAGGAUGUUUGAUGCAGAUCUCUAUGAGAAGUGCAGGAGGAGCUAUGGAGCUGUAGGGACGUUCAUGAGUGUGUAUUACAAGUCCAAGAAAGGAAGGAAGACUGAGAAGGAGGUGCAGGAGGCUGAGCAAGCUCACCUUGAGCCCGCUUAUGCUGAGGUUGAUCAACCAAUGGAUUAAUUUCUUAAUUCUUAUUGACCCUAGGAUUACUUGGUAGGAUUCUUUUCUUUUUUUUGCACGUUCCGUUUCGCUGAGGGUCUGUUUGGGUCCUUAAACGAUUCAUUUGGAUGGUUGUGCGAUGUAGCACUCUAGUCUUAAUGAAUUAGGCUAAACUCUGGAUGGUCCAUUGCAUCUCUCUCUCAUGUUGGUAACAUGAUGAUCUUUUUCUAUGUUUUAUGCUCUUGUAGUUGAAAUUCAGGUAUUUACUA